AUGACGACGCAACGCCUGCUGCUGCUCACGCUACUCAGCACCGCGUCCUUCACGUCGCUCCCACUGGUCGACGCGGUCGUAGCCGGCGUCGACUUGGGCAGCGAGUUCUUCAAGGUCGCGCUCGUCAAGCCUGGCACGCCGUUCGAGAUCGUGACGAACGUCCAUAGCAAGCGCAAGACCGAGACGAUGGUCGCGUUCGACGGCGACGAGCGCUUGUACGGCGCCGACGCCGCGACCGUCGGCGUCCGCAAGCCGCAGACCGCAUACGCUCAGAUCCGUCGUCUCCUCGGCACGAAGCUGAGCGACCCGCAGGUCGUGUCUCUGCUCACGGACGAGCACUUUCCCUACGAGCUCGUAUCGAACGCCACGCGGGGCGGGGCGAUCGCCCUCAAGCACGCGACUGACGCCACGUUCCACGCCGAAGAGCUCGUGGCCAUGGUCCUGACGCACGCGCGUCAGAUCACCAACACGUUUGCAGAAGUGCCGGUGAAAGACUACGUGCUGACGGUCCCGACGUUCUUCUCGCAGGCGCAGCGUCAAGCGCUCCUGGACGCGGCCGAGAUCGCAGGCGUGCGCGUCUUGUCGCUCGUUAACGACAACACGGCGGCCGCGCUGCAGCUCGCUGUGCACACGAGCUACGACCCGACGGCCGCGCCCAAGCGCGUGUUGUUUUACAACUUGGGCUCCACGGCCUUGCAAGUGAGCAUCGCGGCCAUGUCGAGUCAAGUGGUGCCCGACGGUUUCAAGAAGAACAAGACGGUCUCGACGUUCGAGACGCUGAGCAACGCGUGGGACGAGUCGCUCGGCGGCUCCAAGUUCGACUUGCGCCUCGCGGAGCACUUGGCGACUGAGUUUAGUCAACAGGUUGGCCAGGACAUUCGCACGGUGCCGCGCGCCAUGGCCAAGAUCCGCGCGCAAGCCAAGAAAACCAAGACCGUGUUGUCGGCGAACGAACAGAUCCCCGUCGUCAUGCAGAGUCUGCACAACGACGUGGACUUCUUCACGUCCAUGACGCGCGCCAAGCUCGAAGAGCUCUCGUCCGACUUGUUUGAACGCACGCUGAAACCUGUUGAACACGCGCUCGAGAAAGCGGGACUGACGGUCGCGGACAUUGACGAGAUUGAACUCAUUGGCGGUGGCGUGCGCAUGCCCAAGAUCCAGCACCAGCUGUCGCAGUUCUUUGCCGGUAAAGACUUGGGCGUUCAUUUGAACGGAGAUGAGGCAAUGGCGCUAGGGGCGGCUUUCCGUGCGGCAAACUUGAGCAACUCGUUCCGUGUGCGUCACGUUGGCAUGGUGGACCUUGCGUCGUAUCCCAUCGGUGUGCGUCUACUGGACUUGCCGACUGCGGACGAUGAGAGCAGCGACGUCAGUUCGGCCAGUGAAACUAAGCCGAAGCCGUGGACGAAACGCGCGUCGCUGUUCCAGGAGACGCAUCGUCUAGGAAUGCGCAAGUCGGUGUCGUUCACGCACUCGAAGGACAUUUCGUGCACGUUUCGCUACGACAAGCCGUCGAUGUUGCCUAUGGGUGUGAGCGUGCUCAUUGGGACUUUUAACGUCACGGGCAUUGAGAAGUUUGCUGCGCGGUUUGCAGACAAGGACUUGGGCGAGCCCAAAGUAUCGCUGUACUUUGAGCUCGACAGUAAUGGAAUUGCUCGGAUUGUCAAGGCGGAAGCUACACUGGAAGAGGAGAUUGAGGUGGAGGUGGUGGUAAAGAAGGAAAAGAAAGAGAAGAAGAGCAGCGAGGCCGACGGGACGGAAGGAAGUAGUGCGGACGGGGACAAGAGUGACACGGAGAAGGAGGAAGAAAAACCGGAGACGCGAAUGGAGAAGCAGAUGAAGACGCACCGUGGAAAGCUGAAUGUGGCGCGUGAUUACGAGACACGUGUGCUGGACGAGGAUAUGAGCGUGCUGCCGAUGAGCGAAGCUGUGAAAAAAGCAUCGAUGCAGAUGCUGACAGAGAUGGAGAACGCCGACAACAAACGUCAUGCUAAUUUGGAGGCUAAGAACAGUCUCGAGACGUUUAUUUACAAGACGCACGAUGCUAUCUCUGCUCACGAGGAUGAAAUGAAGCAGGUGACGGUACCGGAGCAGAUUGAGGCGCUGAAGAAGAAGCUGGAGGAAACCGAGGAGUGGCUGUAUGACGACGGCGAGAGGGUCGAGGCGGUGGAGUACAAGAAGAAGAUGGAUGCACUUGACUCCGAUCUGAGUGCCAUUCUCUUCCGCGUGACUGAGCUCAAGGAGUUGCCGAUCGCCAUUAAUACCGCGCGAGAGUACGCCUUUGGCACGCGCGAGCUGAUGAGUGAGUGGACUACGAGCAAGCCACAGGUGACGGAGCAGGAACGCAGUGACGUCCUGGAGAAACUUGAUGAACUUGAAACGUGGCUCACGGAGUCGGAGACGUCGCAGAAGGCAACCCCGAAACACGAGAAGCCCGUGAUGACGUCUGCUGACGUAGCCAAGAAGGUUCAGGGUGUCAAGAAAUUCGUCGCUGUGUUGGCGAAACGGCCGAAGCCAGAGCCAGUGAAAUUGGACACCAAUGAGACUGGAACGGAGGAGGUGAAGCUUGAGGACGAAGUAUCGUCAAAGGAUGAUGCCGAUAGCGAAAAGGUCGAGGAGGGAGAGCCGAAGUCUGGCGACGAGAAGGCGGACGAGGGAGAGCCGAAGCUGGAAGACGCAAAGGACGAACUGUAG